CCACCUCACAAAUAGAGACACAUGGAGUAGGAUAACACAUCGCCAAUGCUCUGACAGUACCUUCAUACAUUUACUGGAUGUCUACUGAACUGACAGCUCUGUACCUGUCUAACUACCUGCUUGCACUGUUGGAUGCAUUAAUUUAAGUGGACAGCUCAGUGAGAGACCAUGUUAUUGUGCCGGUCACAUCGGGAGAGCCUCAACCUCGGUUAUAGCCAAGUAAAAUGGAGGAUAGUUUCGAUUGUGACUGUGGCGAACUUGAGCCACCUGAUCACUGAGGCUCACAAUUAACGCCCCAAUCUAAAGGCCAGGCUCUCUAAAGUUUAUUUUGAUCAGGUCACGCCAUAGGAAAUUUAUUCAGAAAGGAGAAAACAAAACAAAAAAAAAAAAACCACAAAAAAAUCUUAAGGAAAAAAAGUGCAAAUUGGCACGUUUUCCAUGAAGCUGCUCAGGACCAGUUAUACACUGAAUGUAUACCACUGUGAGGAUGCAACUAUGUGCUUUUAGAGCCUAACAUUGCAUUUUUAAUUGGCCUCAACAUUCAUUCCAUAUAUUUCUUUAAGCGGAAAAGCUGCUCUGUUAAGUAGAGCCACCCACCAGGAGUGGUGUUAGAUUUUUAAAAUUGUCCUCACACAAGAUGAAAAACUUUAACUACACCUUAGUCUGACAGUGACGGCUGCACGGGGGAGGCGGUGGAGGACAGUUCGCUGUGAGGGAGUUGGCUCCAUUUGUGGGGGGGCAUUAGCUCAGCACCUGAAGCAGUAUUUGGAGGGUUGAAGUGGGGUCUUCUGUUGGUGUUAAAGUUAUAGUAAAGCCAGCAAGAGAGGCAACAUUAGCAGAGCGCCACGUAAGAAGUAGUCAUCAUGGCCGAGAAGUUUGAGUCACUGAUGAACAUCCACGGCUUCGACCUGGGCUCUCGUUACAUGGACUUGAAGCCUCUCGGCUACGGAGGAAACGGCCUGGUUUUCUCAGCGGUUGACACCGACUGUGACAAGCGUGUGGCGGUGAAGAAGAUUAUCCUGACUGACCCCCAGAGUGUCAAGCAUGCCCUGCGAGAAAUUAAGAUUAUCAGGCGCCUGGACCACGAUAACAUUGUCAAGGUUUUCGAAACGUUGGGCCCCAGUGGUCGCAGGCUUACCGAAGAUGUGGUGUCCCUGACCGAGGUCAACUCGGUCUACAUAGUGCAGGAGUACAUGGAGACGGACCUCUGUCAACUGCUGGAGCGCGGCCUUCUGUCCGAGGGCCACGCCAGACUUUUCAUGUACCAGCUCCUCAGGGGGCUCAAGUACAUUCAUUCUGCCAACGUUCUUCAUCGCGACCUCAAGCCCGCCAACCUGUUUGUCAACACGGAGGACCUGGUGCUGAAGAUCGGGGAUUUUGGUCUGGCCCGCAUCAUGGACCCUCACUACUCGCACAAGGGUCACCUGUCUGAAGGUCUAGUCACCAAGUGGUACAGGUCUCCCCGCCUGCUCCUCUCGCCAAACAACUACACCAAAGCCAUCGACAUGUGGGCUGCCGGGUGCAUCUUUGCCGAGAUGCUCACUGGCAAAACUCUCUUUGCAGGGGCCCAUGAACUGGAGCAGAUGCAGCUGAUCCUGGAGUCCAUCCCGGUACUGCGAGAGGAAGACCGCCAGGAGCUCCACAGCGUCAUACCCGUCUUCAUCCGCAACGACAUGUCCAAACCUCAGACACCACUGACAAAGCUGCUACCUGACAUCAGUCCUCAAGCCCUGGAUUUCCUAGAAAAGAUCUUGACCUUUAACCCCAUGGAUCGUUUAACUGCGGAAGAGGCACUGGCCCACCCCUACAUGGCUGACUACUCCUUCCCCCUGGACGAGCCCAUCUCGCUGCACCCUUUCCACAUCGAAGAUGAAGUUGACGAUAUCUUGCUCAUGGACCAGAGCCACAGCCACACGUGGGACAGGUAUCACGAGAGCCAGAUGUCGGAGGCUGACUGGCACUUGCACAGCAUUCAUGACCCAGAAGAAGUCCAAGUGGACCCGAGGGCCCUCUCUGAUGUCACGGAUGAGGAAGUGGUACAGGUGGACCCUCGGAAGUACGCCGACAGAGAUCGAGAGAAGCUCCUGGAUGAGCCUUCCUUUGACUACUCCACUCCAUUCUCGUCAGAGCGGUCGUGGCCGGACGAGCAUCACGAGAACAAAUACUGCGACCUACAGUGUAGCAACACAUGCAACUACAAGGCCGUGUCCCCCUCCUACCUGGACAAUCUCAUCUGGCGGGACAGCGAAGUCAACCACUACUACGAGCCCAAGCUCAUCAUCGACCUCUCCAAUUGGAAGGAGCAGCAGAGCAAGGAGAAGGCUGACCGCAAGGCCAAGAGCAAGUGCGAGAAGAAUGGGCUGGUGAAGGCCCAGAUCGCCAUGCGGGAGGCCGAAAAGACCCAGAGCGUCGCAGAGAAGGACCGCGAGCAGGAGAAACACCAGGCGCAGCCGCCCGGCCAGCAAGGCUUCGACUUUGACUCCUUCAUCGCCAGUACCAUCAAACUGAGCCUGCAGCCGGAGGCCUGUCAGGAGGUGGGCCUCCUCAGCGAGGUGGGCCUCCUCAACGAGCUCAACUCUUCCGUCUCCCAGCUGGAGGCCCCUCGCUCCGGAUCCAUGUCCAAGUCCAUUAGUCAGGAGAAGGAGGAAAAGUGCCUGGUCAACCUGGCCCAGCUGGGCGGCGGCGGCGGCUUGGCGGUGGUCGGUAGCGACGGGCCAUGGCCCGCGCACCCGUGGGAGGGCUUCGGCUCGGGGGAGCGAGUGGCCGAGAACGGCUGCUUGAUCGACGAGGCGUGCUGGGACGGUCACUUCCAGAAGGAGAGCACGUACACCAGCUACCUGGACCACCUGUUCGGCCGGACGGAGGAGUGCGUCGUUGAGUCCGGCCCGGCCCCAGAGACGGAGAGCCCGGAGGCUAGAGAGAGAGAGUCGGGCGAGGCCUUCCUCACCCGGAGCGCCGAGAUCGUGCUCAACGUGCAGCUGGACUCCCUGGGCCCGGACGAGCUGCCUCUGAAAUCCAUCCAGGCGUCGCUCACCCCCUGUGCCGUCAAAUGCUCCCCUCAGAUCACCCACAAAACCUACAGCAGCAUCUUCAAACAUCUUAACUAGAAAAAGCAACACAUCCUCUUUUCGACGGCCGGUUUAGUUUGUCCUGUUUUUGUUUUUCUACUUGAAUCAUUUCAUACCUUUUUUUUUCUUUUUUUUUUUAAAGUCAAUUUUAAGAGUGGAAAUGGGUGAUUUCUUACGUUUAAGGAGUUUCUGUCACUCUGAGCCUUGACGCCCAGGCCUUCAUGGGUUUACGUCUACGCCCUCAUUGCUGAAACUGGCUUGUCACUCGCACACUUGCGUACUGUAGACGAACGGAAAAUAGGCAGUGGGACGGCGGUCGAGGUUUCGGGGGAUUCAUAUUUUGGCUGUCAGGGGAGUGUGCCGAGGGGAGAUGCGAUGAUGGGUUUUGGUUUCAUUUUGACGACGACAUAAACGAAAGCUUCCAUUACAGCCCUUUCAUACUGUAAAUGUGACACAUGAUGCCAGCAGCAACCAUUAUCGUAGGCGUUAAUGUAAUGUGUUAUCUACCUCAAGGUAACAGCCGCGAGAGACACUCGAAGCCGCACUAGUGCUUUACACACCACGACCAUCCUCAUACCAAGAAAUGAAGUGGUCUCAUCGAUGAAUUCUGUCUCACGUUAGCGUUUAACAUAGUGAGGUGUUUUUCAGUGAUCAUUAUUUAUUUCUAGCAGAUGUGCGAUAUUUAUUUUAUCGAAAAUUUGUGUCAUUUCAAUGUGAUUAUUGAAGAGCGAGGCGUUGGGCAGACCAUUUUCAUUUCAGCACUAUUUGGGCGUCCAAGUGUUCCUUUUUGUUUUUAUGGUAGAUACAAAUUUCAUCUGUGUUGAGGCUUUCCAUUUUUUCCAUCAAUAUUGUCCAAAUGGAUAUUUUUUAUUUAUAGGUGCAUUCUGUUCGUAGUGGCAGAAAGUUAUGGUUUCAAGCAGCACCUAAAAGUCUUAAUUUUUUUUUUUUUUUUUUUUUUUAAUCUAAAUGUGGUGUAUUCAACAUUGCGUGCAUGGAGGCAAGAGAAUGGUACAUUUAAAGUUAAAUGGUGAGUAUAUUGUACGUCAGUUUUAAUUGUCUUUUUUUUAUGUACUUUUUUUCAGGCAAGCAUGCUGAAUUAGGUUAAGGUGUAGCAUGUAGAACACAUGGACUUUUUUUGUAAUCAUGGGUUCUCUUGUUCUACAAAAAUAUCAAAAUAAACUUACAGGCAAACAUU